AUGAAGAAAUUUGCCGAUCGAGCGAAGGCAAAUGGAUUGAAAAAUAUUCACGUAAUGGAGAAGCGACACGCCACGAUAUGGGGUGCCGCAAGCCUUCUGUCGAUGUACUUGGAUGCGGUUAAGUGUGCACUCGAGGAAAUGGGAUGGCUGAAUUGGGAUUUUAUUUUAAAUCUGAGUGAAACGGAUUUCCCGUUGCUGUCACUCCAGGAAUUGGAGUAUCAUUUGGCCAGGAAUAAAGGUUAUAACUUUCUCAGUAGUCAUGGUUAUGAUACGGCUCGUUUCAUACAAAAGCAGGGCUUAGAAUAUGUCUUCUUUGAAUGUGAAAGUCGAAUGUGGAGACUUGGGAAGAGGCUAGAACUUUAUUCAAUUCGUUUCGAUGGUGGAUCUGAUUGGCUGGUUUUAAGCCGUGACUUUGCACAAUUCGCGCUUACCAACGACGCUCUUGUGCGAUCGUUGCGCGAAAUGUUCGCUAACAUUUUACUGCCUGUGGAAAGUUUCUUUCAUACGGUGCGUCAAUAUCGUGCUUCAGCUUCUCCAUAUUUCUCAGUGGUGAAAGUCUUAUCAAAAAUGACCAUUUGA